AUGGGGGCGCUGUGGCCCCUAGCCCUGGCCCUAGCGGGCCUGGCGGCCGCCGGUCCUCCCAACUUCGUGAUCAUCUUUGCUGACGACCUGGGCUACGGGGACCUGGGCGCCUACGGCCACCCCAGCUCCACCACGCCCAACCUGGACCUGCUGGCCGCAGGGGGGCUGCGGUUCACAGACUUCUACGUGCCGGCGGCUCUGUGCACGCCCUCGCGGGCGGCCCUGCUGACUGGCCGACUCCCGGUUCGCGUGGGCAUGUAUCCUGGAGUCCUGGAGCCCAGCUCCAGGGGGGGCCUGCCCCUGGAGGAAGUGACCCUAGCUGAGGUCCUGGAAGCCCGAGGCUACCUCACCGGCAUGGCUGGGAAGUGGCACCUCGGCGUGGGGCCCGGGGGGGCUUUCUUGCCCCCCCACCAGGGCUUCCACCGGUUCCUGGGCAUUCCCUACUCCCAUGACCAGGGCCCCUGCCAGAACCUGACUUGCUUCCCACCGGAUACCCUGUGCACCGGCAGCUGUGACCAGGGCCUGGUCCCUGUCCCUUUGCUGGCCAACCUCUCUGUGGAGGCACAGCCCCCCUGGCUGCCUGGGCUCGAGGCCCGCUAUGUGGCCUUCGCCCGUGACCUCAUGGCUGACGCGAAACGCCAGGGCCGGCCCUUUUUCCUGUACUACGCAUCCCACCACACCCACUAUCCCCAGUUCAGCGGGAGAAGCUUCGUGGGGCACUCAGGCCGUGGGCCAUUUGGGGACUCCUUGAUGGAGCUGGAUGCGGCCGUGGGAGCCCUGAUGGCCACCAUUGGGGACCUGGGUCUGCUCAAAGAGACACUGGUCAUCUUCACAGCAGAUAACGGGCCUGAAACAAUGCGGAUGUCCCAUGGCGGCUGCUCAGGCCUCCUGCGAUGUGGGAAGGGGACCACCUACGAAGGAGGUGUCCGAGAGCCAGCCUUGGCCUUCUGGCCAGGCCACAUCACUCCUGGGGUGACCCGUGAGCUGGCUAGCUCUCUGGACCUGUUGCCCACUCUGGCCGCCCUGGCUGAGGCCCCACUGCCUAACAUCACCCUGGAUGGUUUUGACCUCAGCCCCUUGCUGCUGGGCACAGGCAAGAGCCCCCGGCAAUCUCUCUUCUUCUACCCGAGCUACCCGGAUGAGGUCCACGGGGUCUUCGCUGUGCGGAGUGGGAAGUACAAGGCUCACUUCUUCACCCAGGGCUCUGCCCACAGCGACACUACGGCUGACCCGGCCUGCCAUGCCUCGACUCCGCUGACUGCUCACGAGCCCCCGCUGCUCUUUGACCUGUCUACGGAUCCUGGCGAGAACUAUGACCUACUAGGAGGGGUGGCCCUGGUCCCCCAGGAGGUGCUGCAGGCGCUGAAGGAGCUUCAGCUGCUCAAGGCCCAGUUUGAUGCUGAGAUGACGUUCAGCCCCAGCCAGAUGGCCCAGGGGGAGGACCCCACCCUGCAGGUCUGCUGCCAGCCUGGCUGUAAGCCCUGGCCAGAUUGCUGCUACUGCCCGGACCGGGGCCCCCGGAUUGAGCCCCAGCCCCAGCCGGAGGCCCAGGCUCCACCUGAGCCCCAGCCCGAGCCUCAGGCCCAAGCCCAGCCCGAGCCCCAGGCCCGAGCCCAGCCCGAGCCCCAGCCUGAUCCCCGGCAAGGCAUGAGCCAUUUAUUACUAUGA